CCAGGCUUCGCUGUAAUGUUCCGUCACGCCUGCGGGGGGCAGUGAGGAGCCGUGUGGCCUGAGGGCUGCCAGGAUUUAGAGCGCAGAAGAAGAAGUCUGUGUUCCAUGUGAGCUGGUCAGCAUGGCACCUCCGGGAGGAAUAAACAAACCGAAAACUGAGUUGGGGAAGAAGCUUUUCAAGCGCCGGCGAGUUCUGAGCCGCGAGAAGAGGAAGCGGCAUCAGAUCGUGGGAGCUGUGGUGGAUGAAGGUCUCAUCACCAUCCAUCACCUGAAGAAGAGAAGGACGAGUCCGAGAGCCAACAUCACGCUGUCUGGGAAGAAGAAGAGGAAAUUGAUCAAACAGCUGCGACACCAGCAGAAGGAGAAGGCCACUAUGGAAGUGGAAUCAAGAGCAGCACCACAGAAGAAGCACGACACCUCAUCAGCUCAGACCAAGAAGAAGAGCAAGAAGGCGUCCGGAUGCCAGGACGACGUAGAGAUGGUGGAUGUUGAAUGAAGACAUGUCUGCACUAUGAGUCCCUGCUCAGACGUCCAGGCCGGUGCCUCAACUUUGAGACUAAUGGACAAUCAGGACGUCGGUCCUGUAGUUUGUUUCUGCAGAAGAAAAAACUACAACAGUUGACAUGGAAGCCCCUUUCUGCCAAAAAUGCAGAAAAAAAGAUGUUUCCCCUCAAAUAUUAAUUGAGCUUAUUUUGGUUGUAAAUAAAUCUGAAUUCGUUUCAGGCUCACGCUGUUUUAUUUUUAUGUCAUUUUUUGCAAAUUUUUAACCAAAACAGCUUUAAUCGAUAAUUUAAAAAAAACCUGAGGUGAUUCUAAGUAACUUAGUAAAAAGACCAAAUGUCUUUCUAUGAUGUAAAAGUUUUGUGAGAAUUAAAAAUGUAACUUCACUGGCAAAAAUGUGAAAAAAUCUGAAAUUGUUUUAAAUUUACUGUCUGAAGAUAUUUUUGUAAUUUUUGACUAACCAAAGGCAUUUUACACUGUUUCGUUUUGUUGUUUGGCAGAAAUGGAUUUCCAUAUGUGAUUGGGGUUUUAUUUUAUAUCUCUGUUAGUGUCGCAGCACCUGCAGAGUUUGAGGGCAACAUUUGGACCCAUGGUUGUUACAGCAUUCAUCAUGUAAGCUUGUUUAAUUAAAUGGGUCAUGAGCUUUGACCUUUAACCUUCUGUUCCACCUAGUUCAUUAAAAUUUUAUACAUCA